CAACGACUUGUUUUGUAAUCUGUUCAAUUACAAUAAAAUUUAGCAUAUUAUAAAAAUGUUACGCCGUAUCACACAAAUUGGCACACAACUGGGGCGUUCACAAUCGACAGCUGUGGCCCCAGCCGUUAAAGAGAAGUGGGACUUGUACGCCGGUGUUCUGGUUGAACGUAUGCCUGUAAUAUCUAAAUCGCUAAGCCCACUGGAGCGCCAAUUUCAGGACUUGCUGUGGCGAGUUGAAUUCGAAAACAGCCUUAAGUCUGACAGCGAGCUGAAGCACGAACGUGAUCUGAUGCAAGCUGAGCUUAUUAAGAAGGGCAAGGUGCAAGUAGAUUUAGAUGAGUCGGCUGCCAAACAGACGGCCCAAGAUCUCAAAGAUGCCCACACGGAGGAACUGAAGAAGUUUGAAUUCGGCUCGCGCACUACUCCAAAUGAUGCUGCAAACAAAGUCACCUCAACGGACCGUGCUCUUGAGGAGACCUUGUACUUAUUGGUUCAACAAAAACUGGGGUCUAAGCCAAUAUUUUUACUGCCACAAGGUCAGCGGCAUGAAGGAGAGACAAUGCGGCAAACUGCGGAGCGAGUGCUUCGCGAACAAUGCGGUGACAAAUUGCAGGUUCAAUUCUAUGGCAAUGCACCCGUCGGCUUCCAUAAAUACAAAUAUCCCAGCGACCAGCGCGACAACAGUGUUGGUGCCAAAGUGUUCUUUUACCGCGCCUCCUUGCGAGGCGGUAACGUUGACGAAAAGCAGAUCCCUUCCGUUAAAUUUGAAUGGCUGCCAAAAGAAGCCCUAAACAAAAAGCUUAAAACUUCUGCCUAUGUAGAGAGCAUUAAUAAGUUUUUGUUGUAAUUGUAAUGUUUUCCAUUAUAUGAAUCUUAAUAAACGUUGUUUUAUAUACCCUUUA